UGCGCUUCCCGCGUCAAAGUGACGCUUGCCAUUGCCGGACCACCAACAGAACUCCUUUCCAGCCAUCUCCAGGCUGAUCACACGCCCCGACUUUUUCUCAGGCUUGCCAGCCCACACCAUGCAGGAGUUUUGAAGUUCCGUGCUGACGGUGUGGAUCUGGGUGCGCUGAGGGAUACUCGCUUGUCCGGAUGCAGUUGGAAUACGCAUGCUAAAUAAAGCCAGACUCAGCCCGCGCGAGGGGUGCGGCUGAGUACCACCACCGUAUUUGUCUUGCACGGUACACUUUCCCUUCCCCACUCCGUUGUUUGGUAAGAGGUUGGUCGGACUAUUACUCUCGUUUAUACUCUCGUUCACCGUUAGACUCACUUUGGAGAAUCGCCUUUUGCACCCAGGACCUAAUCAGACGAAUCGCAUAGUGGGGUAAUAGUAAGAUGAUGGCUCUCGAAUCACCACAGCCGCUCUCGAGGAAGAAGUCGAUAUUCCGACGUUUCUCCAGGCGGGAUCGUGGCGAUGCUCCUCCCUCACCGUUCUUAAUGAGCGAGGGGCUACGAUCACCCUAUUUACAAUCGCCCAAUCCACAGUCACCGAGGAGGCUCCAGCGCCGUCCAUCACACCGACCGUCGAACCUUCUCACACCACCGGCGUCACCGACAGAGAAGAGUCCUAUCGUAACGAUCGCUGCUUCGAAACCUCAACAGCCCAAGAUGGUCACACACAUUCAGCGCAUCGAGUUGCCAAUAUAUCAACGCAAUCGGAGCGAGUUUACACCUCCACCGUCUCCAGAACCACGGCGACGCAUCCUUCCAAGCGCGCUACCAACCAUGCCAUUCCCCGGCAAGCCUCUCAUAACAUCGUGGAAUAUCUUCCUCCCACCUUCACAAAUACACUCGUUAUAUUUGGGUUAUGCCCCAAAAGACAUGGACGACAAGUGGUACAUCUACAGCGAGGGACCUGAUCAGGCAGGAAAGCUCAAGGUGCACUUCCAUCGAAGUUGGACCGGCAUGAAAGUCGCGGAACUGUUUGUGGUAAUGGAUACAAAAGGCGAGGGCGCUGGAAAGAUUGUUGGCAUCAAGUGGAAUGGGGGUGAAGAGAUGAACUGGAUGAGCGAAGAAGAGGCCAAAUACAUGAUCCGGACGGCGUGCAGGUGGCAAUUAGCUGUUGAAUUGGAGAAAUGAAGCCACGCGACAUGUGGCGGAGUCUAGAGCUGCGUUUGCGUUCGGCGGCAACAUGUUUUCUCUUUCCUUUUCUUGACGCGCAUUAGCCCGCGGCUUUCCUUCGAUCCGUACCGUUUGGCGUCCCAUGAAACGACCUUCCAAGCAUUCUAAUUUGAUCUCUAUACCCGUUGAAGGUAUACAAACCUCUAAUAUCAAGCUUCUGUUUUCAAGUACCGCAUUGGCGCGCGCCUCGUUCUUACCAUCGGUAGUCAUAGCGUGACACGUUGAUACG